AUGAACAAGUUUUUGGUUUUCGCAAGUGUUCUGGUUUGCGCCUCCGCAGACAUUGGACUUAAGAUUAGAGAAGGUGGUCCAACUGGAAGUUACUUACCUCAGACUUACGGAUCUGGAUCCAACUCCUAUAGUUCUUAUGGCAACGGUCCACAAACCCAUUACACUCCAAGCGGAUACUCUGGAUCGAGCAACUACCAUGGAGUAGUCCCACAAGGAAGCAGCGGAUACACCUCUUAUGGUAGCGCUCCACAUACCAGCUACGGCUCCUACGGAAGUGCUCCACACACCAGCUACAGCUCUUACGGAAGCGUUCCACAAUACAAUACUUACGGAGCUGGACAAUACGGUGGAGUCGGAUACUCCGUCGGCGGAAUCCCACAAGCCGUCCAACACCACAGAUCCUUCUUCUUUGACGCCCCAGAGGAUUUGGGUGAAACCCACGUUCGCGUCCACGUGCAACCGUCCGCCGCCGCCGGAGACAAUACCAUCUACAUCAGGGCUCCAGCCUACAACUCAAAGGUCGUCCCACAUUUCAACAUCGCUCAACAGCAAGCUGCCGGCAAGACUAAGGUCUUCGUUUUGGUGAAGAAACCAGAGGAGCAACAAGACAUCGUAGUCCCAGCCGCCGUCCAAGGACCAGCCGCCAAACCAGAAGUCGUCUUCGUCAAGUACAGCAACCAGAAGGAGGCCGAGCAGAAGAUCCAGGACAUCCAAGAAGGUGCUUCCAGCGGAGACAGCGCCAAGACCGUCUUCAACCACCGCGAGUUGGUCAGCUCCAUCAAGGACGAACCAGCUCACCACGGCCAUCAUCACGACAUCUCCUACGGCGGUCCAUCAACUGUAUACGGCGGAGUUGGUUCUUCUGGUCACUCCAUCUCCACCCUUCCAGCUGGUAACCAACACCACGAGAUCCAUUACGGCCCAGCCGGCGAAAGUGGUCCAUAUUAA